AUGUUAAGAUCGGCAGCUCCGACCCGCUCCCUCGCCGUGGGACCUCCACCACAGCGCCGCCUGCUGCCGGCGGGUCACACGCUCCUCGGGCGGAGGUUCCCGGUGGCGUGUCUUCCCCCGCAGCAUGCUUCGGUGGAGUUGCAGAGGAGCGCCACCGCGGAGUCUGCGACCGCCGCCGCCGCCGCCGCCCCGGAGGAGACGCUGGCGCAGAGACUGAGGCUUGGGAAGCUUGAACCCGACGGCUUGUCUUACAAGGAGAGCUUUAUCGUGCGGUGCUAUGAAGUGGGCGUCAACAAGACCGCCACUGUUGAGACCAUCGCCAACCUUCUGCAGGUCUCAACUCCAGGAAGUCAUCAUGCACAGCGAUUUUGGUUUCUCUGGACCUUUCUUUGGUCAUUGGUGUUUAUAAUUUACUUGGGGGUUAUUCCCACUUGGCUUUCCCAUGGAGUUGCAGUUCGAAUGUAAAUGCAGCUUCUGGAACGGCGCUUCACUCGUUGGUGCAGCUGAGUAUGUAAAUUUAGGGCUGAAUGUAGGCUGUAAACUGGUCUCUGAUGGCUAGUUUCUUUAAAAUGGAUCUGCCUAAAAUUGCUGCCGUAUAUUAUCUGGGCAGUGGUUACAAUUACUUAUACUUUCAUUGUGUACCUGUGAUGUCGUAUCCGUGGAUUUUUAGCUGACAGGUUUCUAUAUUUGAGCAAAAGAAAAGAUCCCCGAUAUAAUCUUUUCAGGAACAGCACUCUUUCGUUCAUGUCCAGAAUUUCUUCUGAUAAUCAGCCUCUCCUUGAACAGAUAUUCUGCAUGGAAUUGCAUAGGUCGGCCCUUACAUGCAACUGUAGCUCAAGGAAGUGUUUCAUUCUUUAGAUUUUUAGUGACCAUGUCUCCCCAUGCUAUUAAAAGGCUUUUAUGUUGAUUGCGAGAGUGAUAUUUCGAUCGUCAGUAGUUCUCAUUAUCCAACGAAUGAUAUAUUUUGAGAAUGGAUGUCUUCUUUCCUGUUCUGUGAUGUUUACACUGUUGAGGAACUGUUUUCUUUUUAUUUGACCACUAGUCUGGUUUAAUUAACGAUAAGCAUCGGAAUACUGUAGGAAGUUGGAUGCAAUCAUGCCCAGAGUGUCGGCUUUUCGACAGAUGGAUUUGCCACGACUACUACCAUGAGGCUGUUGCGUCUCAUAUGGGUUACUGCUCGCAUGCACAUAGAAAUUUACAAGUACCCCGCUUGGUAAGUUGCCGAACUGCAUAUGAUCUUCAAUUCUUCCUGCUUUGGCUCUAUGGGCUUACCAUGUCUUUUUGUUAGGGGUGAUGUUGUUGAAAUAGAAACAUGGUGCCAGGAGGAGGGAAAGAUUGGUACCAGACGUGACUGGAUCAUCAAGGAUUAUUCUACUGGUGAAGUUAUUGGAAGAGCCACCAGGUUUGUCCUAUGUUUUUCCAUUUGGAAAGGGAGCAUAGAAAAGGAGUGGUUUGAUUUGUGAUAUUAAGAAACAUUGAAUAUGCGUUCAUCACAUCUUCUAUUGAUAUUCUUUUUGGGCUUAUAAAUCUUAUAGUUUUACUAGUGAAAACCCAUUGUGAAAGGAAAUACUUUUGAGCGAUGGCAUCUACAAAACUAUAGAACAGGUGAACCCCUCAGAUUGUGAAGCAUGGAUACUUCAAAAAGUUAUUAGCUAAUCUUGCUUAUUCAUCGUCCGUUUUUUUCUCCUUCAUUAUUUAAGUUUUAUUUAUUUAUAGUUAAUGCCUCCUUGAGCUGUCGUGAAUUACAUCUAACUGGCAGUGCAUCAGUCACUUGCCUCUUCGAGCUAUAAGCUUUAGGAACAUUUUAGCAUCUUGAUCAUGGUUUACACGUAAUGAUGAAAUAUGAGAAGAAAACUACAAUCAUCAAAGUAAAUUUGUCUAAUUUUCUGAAUUCAAGCAAUAUCAUCAUCACCGUCUGCAAGAUUAUCAGCAAUUUGAUCAAGUUAAAAACGUAUCAACAUCAAAGGAAUCUUAACAAAUGUCGCCCAGAGAUAGGUCGUAUCUCCCCAUUCAAUGUCAUUACUUUUGUAUGUAUACAUUCAACAAUGUGUCUUCAACGCUAUCUCAAAGGUUUGACUGCAUCACACAGCAGGCAGCCUUGCCGAUCUUUCUCCUACGGAUGUUGUUGAGGUUAACUCAUAUUCUUCUUUUUUUUCUUCAUCUCCCUAACGAUUUUUGCUCAUUUCAUCUACUUCCAUCACAUCUUUCUGUUUGAAGUGCAUUUCUUUGCCAUACAUGCUCCUUGUUCACUGUCCCAAAGUACUACUUUUUUUGGUUCUUAUUUCUAUUCUUAUCGGUACAUAUUUAGUAACUUUGUAUCAAUAGUAGCUUAUGUUCUUCAUUUCAGUAAAUGGGUGAUGAUGAACCAGGACACCAGAAGACUCCAGCGAGUCAGUGAUGACGUGCGAGAAGAGUAUCUCAUUUUCUGUCCCCGAACUCCUCGGUAAGGGUUAUCUUCUUCAUCUCAGUUUUUUUUUCUUUUCCUUUUUCUUUUCCUUGGUGCCCUGAGUUCUUCACACUACCUACUUCAUGUUAUAUCUCAGAAAUACAUCAUAAUAUAUUAUUUAAAUCACAUUUAUAGCAUUUAUUAUGAAACCAUAGGUUGGCAAGUAUAAUUUUUUUUUAAAAUUGUGGCUCUGCUUUCCUUUGACCCAGAUUAGCAUUUCCCGAAGAGGAUAGUGACAGCCUGAAGAAAAUUCCCAAACUAGAAGACCCUGCACUGUCUUCAAGAUUAGGCCUUGUGGUGAGCCAUCAGAUAAUAGUUAAUACCCAGGGUCUCUGCCUUUGUUGAAUUGUACUGAAAGUAUUUUUUUUCCCCCCUGAAACCUAAAAAAUUAACGGAAAAUACUUAGCCGAGGAGAGCUGAUCUAGACAUGAACCAGCACGUGAACAACGUCACAUACAUCGGAUGGGUUCUUGAGGUGAGCCGAUCUUUGACUUUUGUGGCUGACUUUCUUGUCCUCUUGUAUGCUCUUCUUUCAGCAUUUGACUUCUCCGGUUGUCUUUCAAUGCCUCAUUUUGGGAAAGACAAUUGCUUUCCAGUGAACACAAUCCGUCUUGGCCUGGCCAACACCCAUUACAGGCUCGGAGCUACCAAAAGAUUUGCACAUGGUCAACACUGAUGUGGGCCCCAUGUCGGCUCUGACUUUUGUUUCUUCUCCCACGUGGCAGAGCAUUCCGCAGGAGAUUAUUGACACCCACGAGCUGCAGACGAUCACUCUGGACUAUCGGCGGGAGUGCCAGCAUGACGAUGCCGUUGACUCCCUCACCAGUCUGGAAUUCGGAGACUUGGACUUGAUCCGCAGGCCCCAGUCUUCUGACUCACCCAAAAAUGGAAAGCCGCCACCGCCGCUGCCACUGCCACAAGACUGCUGCCAGUUCCUCCACUUCCUGAAGCUGUCAGGCAGUGGCCUGGAGAUCAACCGGGGCCGAACCCAGUGGAGGAGACUGGCCAAGUGA